AUGCGUUCAAAAUUCAUUCUUCUCGUUUUGUUCGCGUUCGGCUGCGACGCCGACAAAUUAAGACUCGACGGUUGGAUUCAUUGCAGUUUGUCCGAUCGCCAAUAUUUCGAGGUCGGCAUCAACGCCUAUGAAAGAGACUACAUGUUUUUGCAAAAAAAUGAUUAUCUCGGCUAUCAAGGCUUCAUCGCCGAAGCGCCCGGCACCCACUUCUUCACAAUUUUCGGCGCACAAAAUGAGGACGAGGGCAAUGAAUAUUACACAUUCGUUCUCGUUAUCAGCCAUGAUUGCACCAGCGAUCGGAAGAGAGUCACAUACACUGUCAUGGACGACCGAUACCAAUGCAACCUCGGACAUCAUUGCCAGUAUACCGCCUAUGUGAAUAUUACGGGGUCGUGGGGAACAGUAUACACGAAUAAUAAUGGCGGCUCAAUUCUCUAUUUGAAAUGA